CGCGGGCGGGACGCCUGGGGCGGCGCGCUGGAGGAAAGGCGCCCGGCCACGGCCCCGGGAACUACCAGACGCCCGAGUCGGGAACGCGGGACGCCGCGUCCCCAUUUGUUAGGGGAGGCGCAGUCCCGGGCCGUGGCCGUCGUGAGGCGGCUGGGCUUUUCCUCCCGCUCACCCUGCCCGCCGGCCUCUCGGCGCCCGGGGCCCGCGUCGCCGGCCGCCUGGAUCCGCCCGCCGCGCCCCCUCCCCGCCCCCGCGAGCCCCGGCCGGCCGCGAGCUGAUGUCCUGAGCUCGCCGCCCGCGGGCUGUGCGCCCGGCCAGGGGCUGCCUGGGAAGUUGGGGCGAGGCGCGCCGGGUAUGCGCCAUCACCAUGUCCCGCCUGGACUCGUGGCUCGGUGAGGUCCAGUGGCUGGGCUUGGUGGCGCUCUUCGUCGUGGCCUUGGGCACUGUGGGCCUGUACCUGGCGCAGUGGGCGCUGGCCAGGGCGCGACCCCGCUCCCCGAGGCGGGCGGCGGAGCCCGGCGAGGGCCAGCGCCCCGAGCCGGAUGCGCUGCUCGCCUGGAUCGUGACGCUGAGCAUCUGGAGGAAGCAGUGGCAGGCCGCCUGGGUGGCCGCCCUGAACGAUGAGGCCAAACGGAGAGCGGGCCCGCCACUCCUCUGCUUCCAGGAGGACCCGCUGCAGCAGCCCCUGGAGCUGGCCAUGGGACAAGUGUCCAGCGUGACGCAGUCAGCCCAGGAGAAGGUGGUGUUUUGUCAUGUCGUGGGCGAGACCAUCCAGUUCCUGGUCAGCGUGGGGCUACCCUCGUCCGAGGACACGGGGCGCCCGCUCUACAGUGUGCGGCUCUCCCCGCUUCAUCUACAGCUGGAGCUCCACAUGAAGGAGAAGAGAGAAGACAUUCAGGUCAAGUGGUCCUUCAUCAGCGCGCCAGAGAUGGCCAUUACGAUCCGGCCCAAAGCGCCGGGGGAGGACCAGGCGGUUGGGGCAGAUGCAGUCUCUGAAAGUCUCAAGGAUAUUGUGAAGCACCUGGUUAGCUCUGCGUCCCCAUCAGCGGUUCUGAGCACAAAGCCUACGGAUGUGAGGGGAGUUCAGCAUCUGCAGCGCACUUCAUCUACUCAGGAAUCCUGCCCCCCCAAACCUCCAAGGGCUCAUGAGCUCAAGCUAUUGGUGAAGAAUAUUCGAGCCUCGCUGCUGAGCCAUCCUGGUGCUUCAGGCAACAUUAACCCAGUAUGUGUAGUUCAGCUGAAUGAUCCCAUCCAGAAGUUCUCCAGCACCCUCUCGAAAAACACUACCACCCUCACCUGGGAAGAAGAAUUCACCUUUGAGCUGAAUGCCAAGUCGAGGGAGUUGCACCUGCAGAUUUCAGAGGAUGGGCGAUCCUCAGAAGCUCUGUUGGCGAUGACGACCGUCCCCUUGGAUUUGUUCAAGAAGCAGCCUUCUGGGCCACAGAGCUUUACGCUGACCAGCGGGUCCUCCUCAGGCAGCUCAGCAUUGGGUUCGGUCACUGCAGAGUUUUCCUACAUAGAACCCGGUGAGGCGAAAUCCUGGCAACUGCCUCCAUCUGUUCCUGCUGCAAAGAUAGAAAAAGACCGCACGGUGAUGCCGUGCGGGACCGUGGUCACUACUGUCACUGCCGUGAAAACCAAGCCUCGCUUCGAUGCAGGGAGGGCGUCCCCGCUGAGCUCCGAAUCUCCCCUGAGGACACCUGUGAAGGUGAAGGUCAUCGAGAAGGACAUCUCCAUCCAGGCCAUCUCCUGCCACGGCGCCCCCGUCAGCAAGAUGUUCUCUUCCUCAGAUACAGAGCUACUGGUGCUGAGCGGUGCCGACCCGGUGGCCGAAGUCGCCAUCCGACAGCUCAGCGAGUCCUCGAAGCUGAAGCUCAAAUCCCCGCGGAAGAAGAGCACGAUCGUCAUAUCUGGGGUCUCCAAGACCUCACUAUCUCAGGACAACGACACCUCCCUGAUGCUGGACUACGCAGCCUCCAUGGACAGCACCUGCCAGAAGGGUGCCCCAGACCAGCCAGGGGCGGCCGUGGCCCCUGCCCCACCCGAGGAGGGGAAGGAGACCCCCGCAGGGGCCCGGCUGGCCCUGGAGCCCCAGGAGACUGAGCUGGAUUCCUGGGACUUGGAAGAGGAGCCACCGGCCGGGGCCGGCGCGUGGGGUGGCCAGGCCCCGCGGGACCCCGCUGGGGAUGAGCUGUCGGAGCACUCCCUGAGUGUGUCUGAGCUGGAGCCGGGCACUUCCCAGAAGCGUAAAGCUUAACAAAGCAUUGAUGUGCUGGUACAAAUACGUGAAUGUACUUAAUACAACCGAACUCUACACUUAGAACCGGCUACGAUGGUGCAUUUUAUGUUAUGUGUAUUUUACCACAAGUAAGAACAGAAGCAUUGGUGGAGACUCUGAAAAAUAUUAAAAAGGAAAAAACAAACCUCUCCAAGCAAACUGCGCAGUAACGUCCCAUGUUGUGUAUAACGCAAAUGCUUCAAACUCUUACGUCUCUCGUUCUGAUUUUGCUGUUGCAAACUUUUCUUUUCACCUCUUCCUUCUCUCCAUCCCUGCUCAUGCCCUUUAACUUAAGAGGAUCGCUAUGCCAACCAGAAUUAAUUGCCUACACAGUAAGUUAUUUUUGUUUUAUAUAUAUAUAUUUUUAAUUAAGUAUAGCCUUGCUAUGAGAAGAGCACAUAUUGUAACUAAGCCGGAAGUUCACCCCUCCCCCUCUUCCUUUUCCCUCCCAUCGCUUUCCACUUGGACCGUCCCGGUUGCCAGUUUUCCCAUCUUCCUCCUUCAGAGUGCCCUGGUCUGGUAGUAGAGGGUCAUCAUCUCAGGGGAAGGCAUCCCUGUGUUAGCUGACGUGACAAAACCACCUCGCCAAGAAAUUCAGACAGACCGACUCCCUUAAUCGUCCUUGGUGCUAAAAAGUCGUCACUUCUGUGACUGGGCCUUCCGUGGUUCCCCUUGUAAUCUAAAGCUGUUCUUUGGGCAGCAAACUAUAAUUUAUAAGGUUGCUUUCGGUCACUGUUUUCCUACCUAUAAGAUGUUAAGAUGCAUUCUUCAAUGAGCAAUUUACGUCUGUUGAACUGAGAUGAGUGGGAAUAAAUUUGGGAAUUUUGCAACAUUAAAGCUAUAAUUUAGAAUAAUUAUUUUUAAUUCCUUCAUAUAUCUGUUUAUACCUUAGCCUUAUGAUGUCUUUGUAUUAACCUUUAGUCUUAGGAUUGUUUUUAGAACCCGGGAAAGAUUUGUUUUCUUCCCUGUCCCAUCUAAGAUUUUGGUUCUUUGCCUGAAAUUUCACAUAACCUGUUUCCAGAUCUUACCUUCAGGCAUCUUUAAGAUUGGGAGUGAGGCCUGCGUCUUGCUUCUUGUUGUGCGGAUGAGGUAGCCCAGAGUGAAGGAGGUGGGCUUAUCAAACCCAAACGGCCCCAGCGGCCUUGCCCCAUUGAUGUGAAUUUCCCUUUCAGCAAAGGGUGACAGAUUCUGUGGGCCCAGAGUCAACUGUGACAUACCAAACUGGAGCUCUUCUCUCGGCCAGGGUUCUCCAGGGAAGCAGAACCAAUAGGUUCUGUAUUUCAAGGAGCCGGUUCGUGUUGAUGAGUCUGAAAUCUGCAGGGCAGGCAGGAGCUGGCGCCGCAGUCUUGGGGCAGAAUCUCCGCCCCGGGAACCUUCCUUUUUGUUCUCAGGCAUUCAGUGAUUGGAUGAAGCCCACCCACCUCACUCCGGGUUAUCUCCUAGAGCUCAGGCACUGAGGGAGAUCUGGACCACAUCGACCAGGAGCCUUGCCCUGCGGCACUCAGCUCAGCACUGGGAUGGAGUCACUGGGCGUUCUGGGACAAAUUGGCACAGAAAACCGAGCUCCGAUGUCCACUGGUCACAGCGGCGCCUCACGGCGCCACCUGCCAGCAGCCGAGGGGGCCCUGGCCCGUCUGAGCUACGACCUCACGCCCACCUGUGGUGCGGCCACAUCAGCGUCCACUGAGCCCGCCUGUGGCCACGUCCUUCCGGCGUUACUUACCCCAAAGGUCGUGUGCUUUACUGGCCAAGUUUAAACGGACGAUAACAUUUUUAUUUAGUCAUGAAAAUGGAAUAACCUCUGUCUGUGCUGGUUAUAUUUCAUGUUUGCCGAGUUAGUCUGUGGACCCUGGAGAUGGGCUCACAUUGCUAGAAUGUUCUGUCCUACCCAGGCCGCCAGCAUGCCUCUCGGGAGAUUUACAUCAUCCUGGAAAGCCUGUCAGAGUCGUUCCCAGAGAGCAGGGCUGUGCUCUGCGAUCCCUCUGGGAGCUGCAUCCGUCUCGCCCUCCAGAGGCUUCGCCAGCGGCCACCCGCAGACCGGCGCUCCAGACGCCUACUGGCCACUUCCAGCUCAGAUGCCAUCCUUAGCGGCACAGAAGAGCCAGGCUCGAGAGCACGGCUUUGUAGGGCGAGCACGUCACCCCUCCGAGUCUCUGCUUCCCUAUUUGUAAGCAAGAGAUAAGAGCACCCUCAGAGGUGGCUGGGAGACGUAACCGGGGCCCCAGCCUGUAGAUUUGCAAACCUCUGUGUCUCCCCUCACAUGACUGUCCUCUGUCCAAGAAGCCGACGUCCCCACAGAAGCCAUGACAAGUGGUGUCAAGUUAGGGGAAACGCGGACCUGGUGAGCCGUGCACGUGACCUCAGGACGAAGCACACCAGGGUACACGUGACAGCAUCCGGUUCAGGCGGUGACGCUGAACAGGCAAAGUUAACAGCAUAGCACACCUGCUCCAGAGGGUGGGCGUAAGGACCAAGAACAGAAACACCGCGUGGCAGGCCUGUUGGGGCAGCACAGGUCCGCAGCCGACAUGGCGCUGGCUGGGGCGGGGACACUGUUGAAACAAAGCACAGCCAGCAGGGCCGUUUAAACAGUUACGGCCAACACAUCUCUACCAGCUCUGCUCCCAGGACGCAAGUCCUUGCUGUUUUAUGUUAAUGUGACGAGAAUUUGAAGUUUAGGCGUUUCAGGUGCAAUGUCAUCUAAACGAGAGAAAGCGACCGCUCAGAAGUGUGCAGACUCCCUUUUUAAGGAGUUUUGAGCACAGCUGCCCCUUGCCUGUUCCUGUGUUCUGUUUUCUCGCUCAAGCCAGGGUGCAAAGCCAGACCUUCAGAACCAGAUGCUGUGCCCUGCAGGCUAGGCUGCCAUGUCCCCAUCUCCCGUCCCGCACGGCCCUGAGAUAUUAAAACGUGAAGGGGCAUCAGGAAACUAUGUAGAAGAAAGUGAACGCCCUGCUUACCUUCUGCCCUCUGGUCUGGUCCCCGGUGCUGACGUCUGUGUCCUUAGCAGUUUUCCACGUACCAAGUACUGAUGGUGGUUUGACCAGACCUUGGUGGGUGGUUUCCAGCCCCAGCUGCAUGUUAGAAAGACCUGGGAUUUUUUAAAAGAUGCUGAUGUCCAGAUGUCUCCCCAGAACCCCUCACAUCAGAUUCCCCAGGGCUGGGACCUGGACGUCUGGAGUUUUUCCAGGUUGCUGGCCGACUCCAGUGUGUCUUGGGGCUGAGAAGACGGCUGUAGCAUCUGCCCUCUGCCCUGAUCUAACACGGGGCGUCCAGGGUCCGAGGAUAAACAGGAGGACGUGGCCGCUGCUUCAGGACGCUCAUCUUAAGUCACAUCCUCCCCUGCCCUUUCUUGUCUGUGUUAGAUUCCUGGGGCUGCUGUAACAAAGUACCGCAGAUGGGGUGGUUUAAACAACAGAGAUUUCUUCUCUCUGAGCUCUGGAGGCUGGAAGUCCACGAUAAAGGUGUGGCAGGGCUGGUUCCUCCUGAGGCUACGAGGGAGAAUCUGUCCCAGGCUCUCCCCCAGCUUCUGAGGGUUUGUUAACCAUCGUUGUCACUCCGAGGCUUGCAGGCGCAUCACCUUGAGCUCUGCCCUCAUCGUCACGUGGCGUCUCCCUGUGUGUCUCUGUCCAAAUUUCCCGUUUCUAUAAGGACAGUAGUCAUACUGGAUUAGCACCUGUCCUAAUGACCUCACUAUAACUUCAUUGCCUCUUUAGUGACCGUAUCUCCAAACAAGGUCACGUUCUGAGGUGCUGGGGUUCGGACCCCAACAUAAGAAUUCUGGAGGGACACGAUCCAGCCCAUGACACCACCCCCGCUCACACCUCAGACCUUGGCUCCAGACCCCAGACUGAAUUUCAGCACAGGGACGUGUAUGACCUGGGCUUUGCAGAUGGAGCCUUCCAGGGGAGAUAUCCUCUUUCUGCCGGGCUUCCACAUCCCUAGAUCUGCAGCUGGCCUGGGGGAUGGACUGGUCUGUUCCCCUCUCCACACUUCCAUCCCCUGCCCCCUGCCCCGGGGAGAUGGGGGUGGGGUGUGGCAUUAGGGUCCAGGUUAACGGAGUAGGUCCAUCAGACCUUCCUUCCUCUCCUCUGUUCCAAUGUGACAGCCCCCCAUUCACGUGCUAUUUGGGGGCUCCAAGCUUAACCCAAAGCAGGUACCUAGAGGUCAGAAAUACCUCCUAGGUCCCCCCCCACCCCAAUCUGAGGUAACCUGGUCAGGCUGGGAGGCCCCGGGACUUGCAAUAUGCUGGGUAACUGACCGGUGGGCAUCACUGCAUCUGCCCCCGGGACUGGCCAGAGUCCAGAGUCAAGCCCUGUCGGUGGUGGUGACCCCUGCCGUAACACACCCUACCCGGUGGUUUUUUGAGAUACGCUGCAUCCUACAGGGAUUGGAACGGCUCCCGGAACAGACCUUUCUGGCCCAAGGAGAAGCCCGUUGAGCCUAAAGCCACUGACACUUGUAUACUCAGCCUUCUGCUUCAUCCCUUUGCAGCCUUCCUCAGCCCCCCGUACACCGCCUCCAGCUUUAGACAAUGGUAGAAAAUGUCCGAGUGAGUCUUCGCAGUAGGUUGAUUGGACCCAAAGAGCAUAUGAAAAACAAAUCUCUUGGACAGCUUUGACCGAGUUAAACUCGGCGCAUCCCUGGAGCUUUGAGCUGUGUUCUGCUGCUUAACCCAGGCAGAGCAAGUAGGACACGCAUCCUUUUUUUUUUUCUUCAUUGUUAAUUGGAAAAUUUCUUUUUUAAAAUUUUUUUUAUGGAAGUACAGUUGCUUUGCAAUGUUGUGUUAGUUUCUACUGUACAGCAAAGUGAACCAGCUCUACAUAUAUAUAUAUAUAUAUAUAUAUAUAUAUAUAUAUCCCCUGGGACAUGCAUCCUUAAGUUCAGGUCCAGUAAAUGGCCUCUUAAAGUCACGGGCGUGCUGGUUUUCCCGAGGUAAGUGCUGAUUAUGCAAGGGUCUGUGCAUAAGGCUGAGUCAGAUUCCACAACUGUCCAUACAUUUCACGUAGAAAAGCAAGUGAUGCCUUCCAGCCUCCCGUCUGGAUAAACCAGGAUGGUGUCUGCGUAUGUCAUAGGUGUUGAAGUAUUCUUUGUAUCUGUCGUGAAAAGAAUGGAUUUUGCCAAAUUAGCUGUAAAGCUCCUGAUUGAGAUGGUCAGGCCAUUCUUUCAAAGUCACUAACACCUACAUGCACGCGGUCAUGGGUUUCCCAGCCUGGCUGGAAGGGCCCCCUGAUCCCCCUGAGCCUUGUUCAUAGGAUGUGAAACUAGUUUGUGAAAAUGGAAGCAGGUUAGUGGGCUCUGGCCAUCGAUAUGUUAGCUGGCAUUUAACCUUUAAGGAACCAUUGCCGUGGAAAUCAGUGCCGCUGCUAAUUUUUUUUCUAUUUCAUAUUGCACCACUUGACGUCAUAUACAGAUAGGUCGAAGCAAACAAAAUUGAGGGGUUUAGGUCUAAAGUGGUCAAGUAACAGACAUCUCAUGUGACUUAGCCUGAUACACACGUGCUGGAUCUGAAGUUGUAAAAGAUCUUCCUUCCCUUAAAAGAAUAAAUGUUACUUAAAUUUCCUAAGAGAGUGAA